AUGAACUAUUCUUUCAUAUAUUUUAUCGUAUUAAGAUCCAUCAAAAUAAGAUUAAUAAAAGCUUGCAGUUAAUUUAAAGACUGUUGUAUUAUUUUCAAUUUUAUAGAUAAACCUUCCAUCAGUUGGUUAUUAUGGUCCAUAAAGGAUAUUAAAUGCAAUAGUGAUACUAUUGUGUGGGUCAAUUAUAUUAUGAAUUCAUUAAAAUUUAGCAUAAGCCUAGACAGUAGGUCCUCCAAGUAUUCUAUAUCCUUACCAAUAUGA